CUGAACUUAUUUAAUAGCGGGUGAUAUCGAUGGUCAUCUAAUGCUGUGCCGCAGAAGUUUGGAGCAAUUUAGAAAGAUGUCCGUAAGAGCUGCGCUUAUAGAUCUUAGCGGUACACUCCAUGUGGAGGAUGAGCCAACACCUAACGCUGCUAUGGCAUUGCAUAGGCUGCGCAGUAGUAAUAUUACCGUUAAAUUUGUAACUAACACCACCAAAGACUCGAAAAAGACACUUUACAAUCUAUUAAUCAAAAUGGGCUUUCAACUGGAUAUUGAAGAGAUAUACAGUUCGUUGAGUGCAGCUGCUGCAUAUGUGGAGAAUGAGAAAUUGAAUCCUUUCUAUUUGCUAUCGGACGAUGCACGUAAAGAUUUUCCUGAAGAGGACUCGAGUCGUCCUUAUGAUUCGGUUGUUGUGGGCCUGGCGCCCUCUGCCUUUGAUUAUGCUCACCUAAAUAAGGCGUUCAGUGUGCUAAUGGCGAAAAAGUCGCACAAACUUGUGGCCGUGCAUCAGGGCAAAUACUAUAAACGCUCGGAUGGCUUGGCCUUGGGACCCGGCUGCUUUGUCAAGGGCUUGGAGUAUGCGACGGGCAAGACGGCAACGGUUAUAGGCAAACCAAAUAAAUUCUUUUUCAACAAUGCCAUACCAGACGGGUUGAGUCCCAACGAAUGCAUUAUGAUUGGCGAUGAUGUCAACGACGACAUUGCAGGCGCCAUGAAGGCGGGCAUGCAGGGCAUUCUCGUCAAGACAGGCAAGUUUCUGCCAGAAGCUCUGGAAGCCAUCUCGCCCGCACCGACGGCUGUGGUUAAAAAUUUCGCCGAGGCCGUCGACUGGAUAUUGUGCAGAAAGCACUAGUUUGACUAUUCAAUUCAAAAACUGCCAGACUUUCACAAAACAAGUGAAUUUAACAGACGAAUUGGUGUAAAAGUUACUUUGGAGUUUUGGCACUUUUGUAAGAAUUUAAGUUGCGACGACACCUGCCGCGGAAGGUAAAGAAUAUUUUAUUUAA